AUGACGACAAACGAACAAAGGAAGAAGCUUCGGAUCAUCAUUGUAGGCGCAGGUAUUGCAGGGUUGGCUGCAGCUAGGGCGCUGAGAGAGGACCACGAGGUCCACAUCUUCGAGUCGUCGAGCUUCAAGACUGAAAUUGGAGCUGCUAUUCACACCGGUCCCAAUGCUACUCGGAUCCUGCUCAAGUGGGGCAUGGAUCUCGAGCGACUCGAGUCGCCAAACUGUCGCAACAUUUACGAGUACAACAUCUCUGGCAAGCUCGUAAUGCAUCGCCCUCUCAACACCGUCGACAUCUUUGGAGCGCCUUGGCUGCUCAACCACCGUAUCUCAUUGCACAAAGAGCUGCAGUAUCUGGCAACUUCGGAUGACCCCGCUCUUCCGGGAGAGCCUGCUAAGCUGCACCUGGCAAGCAAAGUCGUCGACGUCGAUGGCGAGGCGGGUACUAUCACGCUUGCUGACGGCUCCACCUUUCAGGGCGACAUCAUCGUCGGAGGCGACGGAAUCAAGAGCUUGUUGCAGAAGUACGUGCUGGGACGACCUGCCAAUGCCCAGCCCAGCGGUCACUCUGCCUAUCGUUUGCUGAUCCCUUUCGAAAAACUGCGCGAGCUUAACGAUGAGGAGGUCAACAAGAGCAUGGCUGCACCUUCGCUCACCAUGUUUGUCGGACAAGACAGAAGGGUGGUCUGCUAUACGUGCAAGUACGAUGGACGCGAUCUGCUCAACGUUGUCGCCAUGGUACCUGACGAGGGACUCUUCGAGAACUCCACCGAGUCGUGGAGUGCUCAAGGGUCACUUUCCGACUUGGCCGCUUCCUUUGCUGAAUUUCCCCCAACGGCGAAGAAGAUCCUGGGUCAAGCUACUGAGUGCGGUCUUUACCAGCUCCGCGAUCAAGACCCUCUGGAGCUGUGGCAUCGCAACCGUGUUCUCAUCAUCGGCGAUGCAGCCCACCCAAUGCUGCCUCAUCUUGGUCAGGGUGGCUCGCAGGCCAUUGAGGAUGCUGAAGCUCUGGCCUACGUCCUCAAGACCACCGAAGGCUUGCCUCAGCUCGAAAACGUCAAGGGAGCACUCGAGCGUCUGCAGACUCUGAGGCACUAUCGAGCCACUGUCUCGCAGGAACGUUCGAGGUCGCAGGCUCUUGGACCUCGACCUGGCUCGCAGGAAGAGAUGCUGGGCAAGAACACGUUCGAGUUCACUCGCUUCUUGUACGACUACUUUGGCGCAGAGGACUGGGAGAAGAGGGUCAAAGAGGGCCGCACAGGAAAGCAGGAUGACGUUCCGAUGAAGGUCUCGCAACAGCACGCUGCUGCGGCCGACGUCAAGGCGACUCCUGCUUCCGUCAGCGCCUGA